AUGACGGAACACGGUGAGGCUGACAAGGCCAAUGUUGCUUCCGAACAAAAUGCGCCAAAGAGCGCCUCUCCUUCAAAGACCAAGGCCAAUGCGACCGGCCCCGAGGCGCCUGCAAAGACCUCGAAAAAGCGAAGAAAGGUCAAUCAUGCAUGCAUCUACUGCAGACGUUCGCACAUGACCUGUGAUCUCGAACGACCAUGCACACGCUGUGUCAAGCGAAACAUUGGCCAUCUGUGUCGUGAUGAGCCUCGAGAAGGUGUCAAGAAGGCCAAGUCCGAGCCAGACAAUGGCGAAGGACAGAGCCAGCCUCCUCAGAUCGAACCCGCCACGUCCGAAGCAGCACCAGCCGCCACUCUCCAGCAGCCCACUGCUCCAGAUGCCGGACUCAACCUGGCACCGCAUCAACUGCCCCCCAAUGGAGAUGCAAGCACGGCAUCAGGUACUCAAUCCGACCCCGUAUCCGCGCCACAGCCGCCUGCUUUGACGGCUAGUAAUCAGCCCUUUGGGAACUAUGAUGGCUUGCUUUCAUCGUCACAGAACAACUUUCAGGACAUGCACUUUCAUCCUUCAUAUAUGUUCAAUACCUCAGAAGUGAGCAAUGAGUAUAACCUGCUCAACGACUUUCUCAACAACAGCCUCAUGGACGACGGUGCUUUCUACGGAGGCAAUGACUUUCAUUCUCUUUUUUCUGACGCUUCUCUUAUGAAUCCAAUGGGCUCUCUAAACAGCAACUCUACCUUCAAUCCCAAUGGAUCAAGGCAACAACAGCUGCUUCCACCACCUGCGCAGAAUGCUGCUGCUAAUACAGCACAACGGUCCGCAGGCGGGGUGCCUAUUGACAAAGCAAGAGAGAGAUACCUCAUAACAGCCGCUGACCCGGCCGGAUCGGAUAGCCCGGAAGAGCGUAUGAACAAACUACUCAAGGCAAAAGUAGAUGCAGGACUAUUGAAGCCCUUCAACUAUGUUAAGGGUUACGCAAGACUCAACCAGUACAUGGAGCAGAAUCUGCAGCAAAUAUCCCGCGUCAGAGUAUUACGCCAACUCGAUCGCUUCCGUCCAAAGUUUCGAGAACGAAUGCAGAGUCUGACCGAUGUAGACCUGGUGCGUAUCGAGAUGUGGUUCGAUAAGAGCUUGAUGGAGUACGAUCGUGUGUUUGCGAGCAUGGCUAUUCCAGCUUGUUGUUGGCGAAGAACAGGCGAGAUUUACAGAGGCAACAAGGAAAUGGCACGGCUCAUUCACGUACCAAUGUCAAAGCUACGAGACGGUAACAUUGCUUUACAUGAGAUCAUUGCUGAGCCAUCCUUGGUAUCAUACUGGGAAAAGUUUGGUGCAAUCGCAUUCGAUCACACUCAGAAAGCUAUUCUGACGAGCUGCUCGCUGAAAAAUCCUGAUCCGAACUCCAAGGAUCCCGAAAUACGUUGCUGUUUCUCAUUCACUGUCAAACGAGAUGCGUGGAACAUACCCGCGCUGAUUGUCGGCAACUUUCUUCCUAUAACCGAGGCUACCUCUGGCCCGUUACCUGCGUCAUAG